ACAUCAAUAUAUAUUUAACAAACUUAACUAAAUGGUCUCACAAAUUUUUCUGCCGCGAACAAUGAAACAACAAGCUAGUGUCGAAUUUUUUUCUAAAUUCAGAAAAGUCCGUUGAUUUAUUUGCAAAAAAAGAAAAUAUCGCCAACAAAUAUAUUAUCAAAAAUAUAUAUUCAACAUCCCUACAGUUCGUCGAGUCGGAAGUCGGAGUUGUGUGCAAAGAAGUUUGAGGAAAAGAGCCGAAAAACGAAAAAUCGAAAUAAGGCGGAUAGCGAGAAGCGCUAAUAUUAACACAUCUGCUUGCCACCAAAAAAAAAAAGAAACCAAAACCAAAACCAAAACCAAGACCAAGACCGCCUUACAUCGCAUCGCACCGCACUCUACGCUGUCCGCUGUCCGUUCUCCCACCCCCCUGUAUUGCCUGUUCUUCGAAAACCGAGCAACAGCAGCAGCAGGCCCCAAAAUCAAUAAUCUGGUUGUGUGGUUUUCGCGGCUUUUUUUUUGUGUUUUCUUUCAAAAACAAUCAAUACCCGAAGAAUGGGCACAGAAACCAAGAGCAACAGUUACACAGGACAGAUUUCAACAAGUGGCGGCAAUCCAAAAGUGAUGAAAGAUUCUUUAUCCUUAGUUCGUCAAACGGUCAAUCAGCAAUCGCAAUCGAAUCAAAAUCAAUAUCAAAACGAUAACGAUAACGAUAACCAUUUGAAUUCAAAUUCAAAUUCGUAUUCAAACGCAACCAAAAACCAGCCAGAGACAAACAACUCGAACUCGGAGAAGAACAGCACGUCGUUGACCAAAGAAUCAAAGAAGAUUAUCGUACCCUUUGUGCCCAUAUUUGUCGAGGAGGCCGAUGUAAUUCAAGGUGCCAAGGAGCUAUUGAAGGUUAUACGACCGAACUGGGAUCUCGCCCACGUUGAAUUUAAGAGUUUUACCGAUGGCAUCACAAACAAACUGGUUGGAUGUUUCCACAAACCAGCAACCAAACUGAAGAAGGACGAUGAGAACGAUGUGGACACCGACGACAAACAGCAAGAACCAUAUGUGCCCCCCAUCAAAGGUGAGGAGCCACCAGUGCAGGAGGACGAGGAUGAGGAGGAGGAGGAGUUUACGGCAAAUGGGGAAACAGAUGGCCUACCUCUACAGUACUCCGAUAACGUAGUCCUGGUCAGGGUUUAUGGAAACAAAACAGACCUACUGAUCGAUCGGAAAGCUGAAACGCAAAAUUUUCUACUAUUGCAUACAUAUGGACUAGCGCCAUCGCUAUAUGCAACGUUCAAGAAUGGCCUCGUCUACGAAUACGUACCUGGUACCACCUUAAAUACUGAAAGUGUUCUUUGUCCAGAGAUUUGGCCAUUGGUUGCUCGUCGUAUGGCUGAAAUGCAUCGUAAGGUUAGAAAGAAUGUGGGAGAUAUUAUUGGAGGAGGUGCUACAGCGGCGGUUGCUACGAGUGCGGAUACGAAUGUGGAUGCAGUAAAGCCAUUGCCAAUGAUAUGGACGAAAACGCAAAGCUUUCUUGAUUUAGUACCUGAACGUUUUAGUGAUGCUGAGAAACACAAAAGAGUGAAAGGAACAUUUCUACCAAUUGGUCGACUGCGUGAGGAAUUCAACAGCUUGUACAAAUAUCUGGUGGCAUUAGACAGUCCAAUUGUUUUCUCACACAACGACCUACUGCUGGGCAAUGUCGUCUACACGAAAAGCAUGAAGACGGUUAACUUUAUUGACUACGAGUACGCCGAUUACAAUUUUCAGGCAUUCGAUAUUGGCAAUCAUUUUGCGGAAAUGUGCGGUGUCGACGAGGUGGACUAUACGCGCUAUCCCAAGCGCGAGUUUCAAUUGCAAUGGCUGCGCGUCUACCUCGAGGAAUAUCUGCAGCGUACGAAUAUACAGAGCGCCGAGGUUGAUUGGCUCUACGUGCAGGUCAAUCAGUUUGCUUUAGCAUCGCAUAUCUUCUGGACAGUGUGGUCCCUAUUACAAGCCGAGCAUUCCACUAUCGAUUUCGAUUAUGUAGGCUAUGCGUUUCUUCGUUACAAUGAAUACUUGGCCAGGAAGGAGGAGUUUUUAUCAUUGACUGCUGCUGCAUCACAGAAGAACAAUAAAUGAGUUCUCUCUCUCUCUCUCCCUUUCGCUAUUCGGAGAAACUAUAUAUAUAUAUAUAUAUAUAUAUAUA